UAAGGUGUCGACGGGUAGUGCCAGACACACACAGUUGACCAGCUCCCUCGCACCAACCAGUCCUCCUCACCUUUCAUCCAGCACCUACUACUGCAGCGCACCAUGAAGCUCGUAUUGUUAGCAGCGUUCAGCGUGGCGUGUGUGACUGCUCGUCCUCAACCUGAAGGACCCGCCCAGACCUCCCCCUACGCCACACCAGUGCCCAUCCUGCUUGAUGAACGCAUUCCCAUCGACUCCUACGGUGGAUACGGCUUCAAGUUCCAGACUGGCGACGGAUUAUCCUGGGCUGAAACCGCGUCACCCCAAGGCCCCGAUAACCAAAUCGGCCGCAUCGGUCAGUACAGGUUCACACACCCCGAUGGCACUCCCCACCUGCUGACCUACACCGCUGGCGUGGGCGGUUUCUUGCCCAUCUCUGACCUCAUCCCCACACCUCACCCCCUCGAGCCCUGGCAUAUAGAACAGAUCGAGUUCGCUGAACGAGAGAAGGCGGCAGCAGCGGGACCCACGAAAUAUGAAUGAUGCUCUGAUGUGUGUUGACGACCGUGAUUAUUGUGUUAUAUUAUAUUUUCUACAUUGUUUGUGUACGUUAUCAUGUUUACCUUAAUAAAUACAUAAGAAGAGA